UUUUCAUUAAUUACACCGAUCAAUCAGCACGGGACAUCAAUCAAGUUGUUCUGCUGCGUGACGCUUUGUGACCUCCAUCACUCGGCAUCAUGCGUUGGUUUGACGUUGACGACAUUUACGGUUCCGUGGGACCGAUUUACCUCGCGAUGAGGAUUUUCCUCGUUCGCUUCGAAACGAUAGAUACCGAGACCGGUUCAAUCUAUUGGACUCUAUACGAUCAGGCCCGAUUCAUGGGAGCGUUGAUUGUGGAUUCGAUCCUGACUCAGCACGGUAUUCGAAGCUCGGUUGGUUUCCUCGAUGUAACCAAUUCCGUGCUGGUGAAUGCCGGUUGGUAUGGUGCGAUUGUGAUGAAUUUUGUUUUCACAAUGUCAGUUCCUACGUGGUGCAACAUCAACGCCCGCCGUAUAUCCGAGUUGUACGAACACAUGGCCGAAUUCGAUAGGGAACUGAAAGUUCUAGGCAUUGAAACUGACCAUCAGCGACAGUAUUUCAUAAGUGCUAUUAUUUUAACACUUUCACUCAGCAUAGGAAUCGCUUUACUGGCAUUAACUUCGUUUGCUUACUUCGAUGGAAACUUCUUGCACGUGAUCUCACUAUUUCCAAAUUACUGGACCAUUGUGCCCUUCGUACGAUCUUCGAUAGUGAUUGGGUUUUUCGUUUGUAAUUCUAUCUCCACCCUCGUAUUUCUGAAGCGUCGAUUUGGAAGUUUGAAUCAAGCUAUUGUGUAAACCUCGGGUGUAAUUCCAUGGGAAAUCUGCCCUAAUUCUUGUUCU